AUCACGAAACAGGUUAUAAAAUCGGUAGUCGCCGAUAUUUCCCUAUUCUCCUUACUCGUUUCAAUUAGUUAUUGUCGGUAGAGCGGAGAGGUAAUUCAAACGCAACGUGCUUCGUUCGACUUUUAAGUAUGCUAACUACUAGUUCGUCAGUGGUAUUGCAAUCUGGCAAGAAGAUUUUAAGUCAACAUUUUGUUAACUUAGCACAAACUAUUAGCUCUUCAGGACCCACUCAAGGAAUUUUGAGAGCAACUGCACAUGGAGCAAGUGGUCCCUGCCCUUUCAUAACGCGUCUCCCUGCUCCUUUUGUGCGUAAUUAUGGUCGAUCUGUAGUGGAAAUGUAUAUGGAUAAAUGUCCUUACAUGACCCGAUUCUUUGCAACUGCUGCAACAACAGAAGGUUCAGAAAAAAAUCCAAGUGAGGAUCAAAAAUGCCCAUUUCUUUCUUCUGUUAAACCAACUAUGAAGGCUGCAAGUGAUGAAAUGCAACAUGAUAUCAUAGAUCUGACAAAGGAAAAAUCUUAUGAGGAAAAAAGAGGUCAAACUUUUGAUUAUGAAGACUUUUUCCUGGAACAAAUUGGAAAGAAAAAAAAGGAUCAUUCAUACAGAGUAUUUAAAAAAGUUAAUCGCUUGGCUGAUAACUUUCCUCAGGCAUUUGAAUUUACUGAAGGAUCUCGCCCUAUAACAGUGUGGUGUAGCAAUGACUAUUUGGGAAUGAGUAGACACCCUGAAGUUAAAAAAGCUGUUAAGGAAACUAUUGAAGCUCAUGGAGUUGGUGCUGGAGGAACUCGUAAUAUAUCUGGAAAUAGUUUAUUUCAUGAAAAGCUGGAGAAAGAAUUAGCAACAUUACAUCAAAAGGAAGCUGCACUUCUAUUUACAUCUUGUUUUGUUGCUAAUGAUUCAACCUUAUUUACAUUAGCCAAAUCUUUACCAGGAUGUCAUAUAUUUUCUGAUGCUGGAAAUCAUGCAUCAAUGAUACAAGGCAUACGAAACAGUGGAGCAAUAAAACAUAUCUUUAAACAUAAUGAUCCUAAUCAUUUGGAAGAGUUGUUAAAAUCUGUUGAUAUAUCUGUUCCUAAAAUUGUUGCAUUUGAAACUGUUCAUUCGAUGACAGGUGCUGUUUGUCCCUUAGAAGAACUUUGUGAUGUGGCUCAUCGUUAUGGAGCUUUGACAUUUGUUGAUGAAGUGCAUGCUGUUGGAUUAUAUGGGAAACAUGGAGCUGGUAUUGGGGAGAGAGAUAAUGUUUUGCACAAAAUGGAUAUUAUAUCAGGAACUCUGGGUAAAGCAUUUGGUGGCAUUGGAGGAUAUAUCGCUAGUAGUUCAGUAUUAGUAGACACUAUAAGAAGUUAUGCAGCAGGAUUUAUAUUUACUACUUCCCUUCCACCUGCUGUUUUACAAGGAUCUUUAACUUCUAUUCGGAUUUUAAAAAGUGAAGAAGGUCGAGCAUUAAGAGCUAAACAUCAAGAUAAUGUGAAAUAUUUAAGACAAGAACUGAUGCGAGUUGGUAUUCCAGUUGUACAUUGCCCAAGUCAUAUAAUUCCAGUUCAUGUAGGUGAUCCUUGGUUCUGUACUCAAAUAUCUAAUGAAUUGAUAACAAAAUUUGGGCACUAUGUUCAAGCAAUUAAUUAUCCAACUGUACCACAAGGAGAGGAAAAAUUAAGAAUUGCUCCAACACCAUUCCAUACUAAAGAAAUGAUGAAUAAAUUUGUUGAAGAUCUUGUGAAAGUUUGGGAAAUAGCUGGAUUAAAAUUAAGAGAAGAUAUGUGUAAUAAGGAAUGUCAAUAUUGUAAACAACCUCUGAUUUUUGAAAAGAUGGAAUCUCGCAUACUACCUCCUUGUGGUGGUGCUCGUGCAGAAUGUCCACAAAUUUUAGCAGUAUCUUAAAUAAAAGAUUACAAUUGAUUUUAAUGUUCGCUUCCAACUUUUUGCAAAAUUGCUUCCAGUAUGUAAAUUAUAUAAAGAAAUUUACUAUAAAUGCAAAGCACAAGAUAUAUCUGUAAUACAUAUUGUGAAGGGUAUUUAACAAAUUAGAACAAAGUUAACUGUUAAUUAAUCAAAACAGGAAAAUUAUUGUUAUUUUAGCUCUGCAGUAUUAUUUUUAUAUUUUACUUAUGUACAAAUAUGUACAAAAUAAAUAUUAGAUGAUGCAAUCAAAUAUUGUUGUAUGGUUAUUUAAAAUUAUGCAUUACAAAAAAUUAAGUAUUUUUGUAACAAAUUCUCAUUGUUUAAAGCAUUUUGCA